AUGGCUCGUCGAUCAUCCGCUCGACGGCCACAUGCCAGCGCUCCAAUCCCACAACCAUGGCGCGCCAAGGCACGAGUUGCCACCGAGGUCUCAGGUGGUGGAGCGCGACUGGUGAGACGUUUGCCGCAGCUCUAUGAGGCUGCGCCGGUGGAAGAGAUGCGCUUGGAAGCACGCUCUGCAGACGGCACCUUGGUGCCUUUCACCUGUCUACGCCCUCGCAACUGCGGAGAGGCGCCCCCAACCUUGGUCUAUGCCUAUGGAGGUUUUGGCAUUCCCUUGUUGCCCAACUACAAUGCGAGCAUCGGAGCUGCCUGGUUGGAACGUGGCGGCCAGUACAUCGAGGCCAACCUCCGCGGCGGCGGCGAGUUCGGCCCCGCCUGGGAGCGCGCGGGGCGCGGGGCGCUGGGGCGGCUCAAGGUCUAUGAGGACUUGGAGGCGGUCGCUGAUGAACUGGUGGCCCGAGGGUUGGCAGCACCAGGAGACCUCGCCUUGAUGGGCCGUUCCAAUGGCGGGCUCCUGGUGGCCAACGCGCUCGUGCGCGAGGUGCGCGGUGCGCGCGGUGCGCGGCGCUUCCGCGCCUUCGUGGCGGAGGUGCCGCUGACGGACAUGAGGCACUACCAUACCUGGCUGGCAGGGCAUAGCUGGCUGGAGGAAUAUGGAGAUCCAGAGCAGAAGUGGGAGGAGUUGAGGCAGAUCUCUGCAUAUCACCUGGCUCAAGAGCUUCAGGCGAGAGAGUCAGAGGAUCCACGUGCUCUUCGUGUUCUCUUUACCACCUCCACUCGAGAUGAUCGAGUGCAUCCGUGCCACGCGCGGAAGAUGGUGAAGCUUCUCCAAAGCUUGCAGCUCCCGAACCUCCAGACCUUUCUCUAUGAAAGUCAAGAGGGAGGCCAUGGCGGUGCAGCCUCCAUCGGUGAGCGGGCCCUUCUUCGGACCUUGGAGUACGAAUUCUUGUGGCAGAGCCUUACGAGCUGA